UGUGCAGUUGGACAAAAAGUUGGAAUUUUCUGUUGCUAUGGCAAAUGUGACAUGGUGGAUGAAGAGCAAUAGACUGUCAACAUCCCAGCUCCCUCCCCUCCCUGUACUUUUUUUGUUCCCCUUCUCUACUCAGUAGUACUUCUUAGCAGGCAUAACUUUGCUACGUGUUCUGCUUUUUUGGUGAUAUACCUGUGGAAGCUGUCAUGGCAGCCCCGAGGAAGCCUCAGAGGUCUUGGGCUGAAUGGUUUGCCAGGAAAAUUACAGCUAACGAAGGGCUGAAGUCCUGUCACUCAGCAGGGUGGAAGGGUGAGCCUGGGAGGGGUUUGGGUGCUCUGUCUUUUUAGAAGGUAAAAGGGAAGAUCUACACUGUCUGUUCGCAUUAUUUUUCUGAUUUGUGGGAAUAUGACUUGGUAAAGGUUAGGGAGGAAGUGCAGAUGAUAAGUUCUCACAGGAUGGAAAACAAGUCUCCCUCAUUCAGGAGAGGAAAACUCUACUUCCUCUGUGCAGGGUAGGGAAAUCUGUCUCCUUUUAAGAAAGGAUCCCUCUUACCUAUACCUAGGCUUAUUGCCAAUUAAGGCUGUUGCAACACCUCACUGUUAUGUCCAGAUGGGCUAUUGAUAUUUACUUUGGCCCGCCUUUCCUGACUCAAGUCAGGUCCCAGAAACUACCUCCACCCUCCCGCCCACAGGUUUUAGCACCCAGCAGGCGUGCAUGCCAAUCACCUGUGCUGAAGCUGAAGCUCUCAGUUGUGCUGCAUUGUGCCUCAGGAUCAGCAUCCUAUCAUCUACAACCGCCUGCCUUGUGCGACCAUAUGCUAGCAGGGCAGGCAGCUAUAGGAAGAGGCCAGAAAUGAGAAUGACACCUUGGGUAAACUAUUUGACAUAUUGACAAGUUCUCAUUUGACAGCACCUUAUUACCAGACAUAUAUUCUUCUACCCUGUGUUGUAUCAGUGGGCCACCCUGCAGAUUGAGAAGGGAAUAAAAAUGCAGAAGGUGCUGGCACUUGAAAAUUUAAUCGCCAACGGGAUCAUCCAGAGAGAGGAAACCUCCAUGGAAAAGGAGAUUGCUGGCCAGCAUAGAGGAUACUUCAGCCUUGCAGAUAUUAUGUACUUUGCCAAGAAGGGGUGUGAGGCAGUUGCAGAAGAUGAAGUCACACAGCGGUUCACCUCUGAGGAGCUGUUGUCCUGGAAUCUCCUCAGCAGAACCAAUGCCAACUUUCACCGCGUCAGCUGGCAACUGACCGCUGUGUGGGUCACUGGGAUCUUAAUCCGGUACUGUCUCCUGGUGCCUUUUCGCAUCUUCUUGGCUUUCUUCAGCAUCCUCUUGCUGGUCUCAGCAACUACAGUAGUAGGACAGUUUCCAAAUGGCAGGGUUAAACACUGGCUGAGUAACCAAGUUCAGCUGACAUGUGCUGCAUUAGGUGUCCGAUGUCUGAGUGGUCUUGUUCAAUUCCACAACAGGGAAAACAGACCACAGAAAGGAGGCAUCUGUGUAGCCAACCACACAUCUCCACUAGAUGUUCUAAUCCUGGCUAGUGAUGGAUGCUACUCCUUGGUUGGCCAAGUACAUGGAGGGCUUCUGGGACUUAUUCUGAAAUCUUGUAUGCAAACCAGUCAGCAUGUUUUGUUUGAACGUUCAGAAAUGAAAGAUCGUCAUCUGGUGAGGAAAAGAAUCAGAGAACACAUUGCAGAUAAGGCCAAAUUACCCAUUCUAAUUUUUCCAGAAGGUACCUGCAUAAACAACACGUCAGUUAUGAUGUUUAAGAAGGGAAGCUUUGAAGUAGGAGGGAUCAUCCAUCCGGUAGCUAUCAAAUAUGACCCUCGCUUUGGAGAUGCAUUCUGGAACAGCACCAAGUAUUCCAUGAUGACCUAUAUUUUUAAUGUGUUGACCAGUUGGGCUAUUGUCUGCAAUGUGUGGUACCUGCCACCAAUGGUCAAAGAGGAAGAAGAAGAUGCUGUUCACUUUGCCAACAGAGUCAAGGCUGUCAUUGCUGCUCGGGGAGGAAUGUCUGUACUUCCAUGGGAUGGAGGACUGAAAAGAAAAAAAGUCAAAGAGUCUUUCAAGGAAGAGCAGCAGAAAAAAUAUUGCCAGCUAGUGACAGAAAAUGGGUUUGUGGGAAAUGGAAAUGUUUACUAAAUGUUAUUUAUUUUGUCUCCUGUUUUUUGACUGGACUUAUCCUCAUGGAAAAUGGGCUUUAUUUAUAUUAAAAUUCUUUCCUGCUAUCCCUGUCAGAUAUUUUGCAUAUGACACAGCAGAGAAGCCAUGAACAAAUAGUAUUUUGUUUCAAAUAAGGAUAUUAGUUUUAAAAUAGGAACACUUAUGAGAUUCUUGUGAAAUUCUCUUCAAUGAUGAAUGUGAAGAAUCUGCAGUAAAAUUACCUAAGUUCAUUAAAACACAUUUUUUUAAAAGAAAUCUUUGAGUUACUUAGAGACUUAGCUGUUAAUUUCUUAACUACUAAAAAAACAUGUCUUCACAACCUGUAUCAGCACCUUGUUUAGCUGUUUUCCUGUGAGCUGCAGACACUGGUGUUGUAGAGAUACGCUUGCCCUGUGAGAAGACAUGGAACAGUUCACCAUAAUGUUUUCAGAAUUCCAAGAUGCAGAUGAAGUGUUGGAUGUCAGAAGAGGACAAAAGCACUUGCUGACUUUACACUCCAUGUCACAAGACAAGUGAUUGCCAGGUAGGAUGUUUCCCACUGUACCACUGACCAACAGCAGCACAGUAGCCAUGGCAAUGUGUUCUAGGUGCCUGCUUGCGUGACAUGAGGAUCAGUUGGUGAAAGCCAAGGACAGUGGUGUGGAAAAAUAUAUUUUAAAAUUUAUAUUUUGUCUUCUGAUUUUCCUAUAUCCCAUCCUGUGUCUGUCUGUAUGCAUUGUACAAAUUAAAGAAAAUC